CAUCGACAAAAACAAAAUACUUGUGGCAUGUGUUUUAGAUAUAGAUAUUAAAAGAUAUAUAUGAUAUGUACGAAAAUAAAAAGGCAAUACAAUAAAGUAUGAGAGAAAAUGAAAAAUCGAGAGAGAAAAAGAAUAAACGUGUGCGGUGUGUGACGACAUCGCGAUAUAUUAAAGACUAAAAGAGAAGGGGAUCUCCACCCCCACUUUUCGUAUUUACAGCCGCGUGUUCAUAUAUAACUCCAAGAGCGUUGGACGAAAAAGCCACUCCUUACACGUGUUCAUUCGACGCAACAGUUUCGCGCUCCAUUCUUACUUCUUUGUGUCAAUAUAUUGUUUUUUUUUAUUUUAUUUUUGCCGCUAAAAACAAAUGACGUCAGUUUAAAAAUUAUCACCGCUUAUCUCAUGAGUAAUUAAAUAAUUAAAAUAGUUAAACAAAACAACAACAAAAGCUCUUAUAUACAAAGGAAUAAAAGAACAAAGUAUGAGUUUAUAAAUAAAAGUGAAGUGGAUAAAAAAGUUAAAUGUAAGUGAUGAUAAUAAAAUUUAAAUUCAAUUACUGGUUUACUUACUCCUUAGCAUCUUCAAAGAGAAAAAAACGUGAGAAAAGUGAAAGCGGAUACGUUAAUCUUGAAUUACAAUCUCUUGUGUAUUGAAAAAUAAAAGUAAAAAAAAAACAAGAUCUUCAGUCAAGAAUUCGUCGGAUUUAAACUUGAGACUGCGGAUGUAAAAAAAGUUAAAUUAAUAAAAGGGUAAUAUGGGGAUUGUAUCAUCAACCUUGAUGCUGGUCGCAGCCCAGCUCGCUUGGAACUGUCAGAGAUUCCUGGACCCACGAUACAGAUAUGUUGAGCCAAUGAAAACCUUGGAAACUUCAUCAACACCUACAACAGCAUCAGCAGGAAUUGAUGAUGCCACAAAUCACCAAUCAGUAGCACGUGUUACGGACACUCUUUCUAGUCACCAAGAAAAUCGUAAUAGACGAGCUGCUCAGCUGAGGUACAGACGAAAACGUCCCUCUAGUUUCGACGCAUCUCUAAUUGCUAAGAGUAUGAUUAAGAAUGGAAUUCCAGUUCAUACUGGAUCUAGAGUCGUAUCUUCAACGCCCAGUACUUUAAAAAGACAGCAGGCACCCGCUUGGAACAAUUCUUCUUCCGCAUCCAUUUCUUCUUCUUCCUCUUCUAUAUCUUCUAGUGAAGACUCAGAUGUAGAACCAAAAGUAAGCAGUGAAAAAAUUCUGGAAAGAACUAGAACGCAGCCUGAAAAUAAUGAAAAUGACGAUAAUGACAUCGAUGAUCAAAGAUAUACGAUGUCUGCUGCGGAAGAGGCGGCAUUUAGAAUGACUGUUGGACGAGGACAUUUUAGUAGAUCGAAAAAGGAUCGAUUCCUCAAUCAUUUGCGACUUGAAAAACGACUUAAUGACCUCAAUCGUGAAUUCUUCGAGCUCACGUGUCGCGCUCAUUCACGGUCACUUUAUCGACAUCACUCGGGAGAUCUGAGGAAGAUUGUUUAGUUUUUAUUUUUUUACUUUGAUAAAUAAUAAUUAUUAAUUAAUUUAUACUAAUAA